GCCAGGCAUACGGAGAAGGGAAAGGAGGAAGGAGCCUUUACCUGGCUCUGCCGCGGCGGGUCCCAGGCCCCAGGUUCCGCUUCCCACUUAGCGCUCUCCUCCCCGCCACCCUCUUCUACGCAGUUCGGCCCCCCAGUUCCCUAAGGAGACUCCGCCAACUCCGCAAGACCCCGCCGGGAAGCAGAGCCCACCCCCUUGCCAAUCACUACCCGCUUUCUAUCGACCGAUGGGGCCUCUGGCCAAUAGGAAUAACUGCUCCCGAGGAGCCAGGAGUAGGGGCGGGGCUGACAAAACUUAGAGGUGUGGCAAGCACUGGCUGCCCAGGCCCAGUCCCAGAGUGAGCUCCUCCCCAGCCUGUGGAACCCUAAAGUAGAACUGAUGGGCGGGAUCAAAUGGGACCGACAGCCAAACACAAACUCGCAAGAGAAGACCAGACCAAUCAGGCCCGGGAAAGGGGGAGGGAUGGCUAGCCAAUAAGCAGUAGAGGACCCUAGAGUAUCUACCAAUAAGAAGCUCGGGGUGUGCCUUCCAAGUUCACAGGGGGAAGGAGGGUUUAACCCAAGCAGAUGCUGGCCAAUGAGCUUAGAGGCCCAGCCAAGCUGAACCAAUCAGAGAGUCGGUCUGACCGCGGCACCGUUACUGGGGGCGAGGCCUCUGAGCUCACGUCAGGAGAAGGCCCCUGGCCUUCCAAUGUGGGACCGGGGCGAAUUCUAGUCCUCCCAAUCCGUGCUCGGCGCAGGCAAUUCAAACUGACAGCGGGUUAGAAAAAGCAAGAGAAAGCGGAAGAAAAGAGCACAACCCGGCGUGUUCGGUGACAGACUCCAGCGCGGACUGAGCCUAGUCUGCGGCCUCUCCCCGCCACCUCCAUCCAACACCACUGCGGGCUCCGGAGCGGCCGCUGGGGGAGAGACCUCCAGGGUGGCAAGUGCGCGCGCGAGCCGAGGGAGCGAGGACGCCGAGAGCCGCGGUGCAAGGGAGGGGGCCCGCGGCCGGGCUCGGAGAAGGGAGCGCGGCACCGGGGCGCGAGCGGCGUGGAAAGGGCUGAGGGGUCUGGAAUCGUGCCGGGAGGCCGCGUGCAGCCGGGCAGGCAUUGGAGCGCUCUGCGGGCGGGGCUCGCACUGGGAGUGGUCAGAGGCGAGGCUUUAAAGGGCAGCCCGCUGGGCCCCGGGACUCGCUGGAUUCCCGGGCAGGAGCUCCGGAGCACAGAAAGUGAAAGCUCUUUUAAAGUUUCCCUUCAACUCUGCUUGUCCCUCCCCACCUCGAACUCCAUCCCCUCACCCGCCCCACCCCGCUUCCCCACGCGCAAGUCAAAAGGAAGUAAAAAUAAAUACUGAUUUUACCGCCCCCCCCCCCCCCCGGGGAGACAGAACUCCCUUCCUAAUUUUAGAGCUUAGAGAACUCAAGGCCUCCCGACUGGGUUGUUAGCCUGGGGGAAAUCAAAGCAGGAACGGUAUUGCUCGCUUCCCCUUUUCACAAUUCUGUACCUCGCUCUCCGUGGGACGCUAUGUCUGCCGUCAACUGUACUUUCAAGGACCGAUGCGUGUCCAUCCUGUGUUGCAAAUUCUGUAAACAAGUUCUCAGCUCUAGGGGAAUGAAGGCUGUUUUGCUGGCCGAUACUGACAUAGACCUUUACUCUACAGACAUCCCUCCUACCGACACCGUGGAUUUCAUUGGAAGAUGCUAUUUCACUGGAAUCUGCAAAUGUAAACUGAAGGACAUCGCAUGUCUAAAAUGUGGGAACAUUGUAGGCUAUCAUGUGAUUGUUCCAUGUAGUUCCUGCCUUCUUUCCUGCAACAAUGGACACUUCUGGAUGUUUCACAGCCAGGCCGUUUAUGGUAUUAACAGACUGGACUCCACUGGUGUAAACUUCCUACUUUGGGGCAACUUGCCAGAGACAGAAGAAUGUACAGAUGAAGAUAUGUUAGAAAUUUCAGCAGAAGAGUAUAUUAGAUGAAUGGAUUACAAUAUAUAUAUAAUAUUUUAUAGUUUUUCUAUUUAAAAUAUUUAAUUGGUCAAUUUUAACGUUGCCAAUAAAGA